AUGCGUUUUCGAGGCUGGCCUCGCCGUCCGCUACCACUUCUGCUGCCGAUGUACGGGCCUCCUCCAGGCGCGCCCAUCGGGCCGAUAUUCGCUUGCAGACCGAUGCCGUUUGAUUUGGCUCUCUGUGAAGCAAGCUUUCCACGAAGCAAGGAGUUUGAUGAUAGUGAUUUGGCGCAGGCAAUAACGAAGCGCCAUCAGGAGAUUACGCCAACACCAGUGGAGCAAACUGCAAUACACGCAUUGGUUUCGAAAAUCAAAGCAGCAAUAGAAAAAAUUUCUGCCACCCCGCACAUUUUACCUUCUGUGGUAAGUCGCAGAAUGUUUUUAUACGUUUUGCGCUAUGUAACAGCAGCACAAAACGCAUAUUGUUACUGGUUUGUCUGUGUGUAUGUUUGUGCGUAUGUGUGUGUGAGUGUGUGUCCCAUAUUUUGUCUCGCACUUUCAACUCGGGAAACACAAAAGUUUGGUAACUGAAA